CUUUUCUUUCCAGAGCGAAAUCAGAGGAAGAAGAAGAGAAAAGGGCCUCAGCUGUUCUCUUGACAUUCUGUUUGAUCAGAUAGAAAGUGAAAGAAAUUUUCCCAGAAAGGGAAGGAAAGUGUUGUAGAAAGCGGGAGAAAGAGUGAAAGUCGACCAUGUCUCUUGGGUAUGCAGAGAAACUCUCGUACAUAGAAGAUGUGGGUAAAGUUGGAAUGGCUGAGUUCUUUGACUCAUCUCGCGUGUUGGAAGAGAAGAUUGAACAGCUUGCAAAAAUGAUAGAGAAGAGUACGCAUCUAGUGGUGUUUACAGGUGCAGGAAUAUCAACUUCUUGUGGUAUACCCGAUUUUCGAGGUCCCAAAGGAAUAUGGACAUUGCAGCGUGAAGGCAAACCCUUACCUGAAGCAUCACUACCUUUUCAUCGUGCAAUGCCAGGCCGGACUCAUAUGGCUUUGGUUCAAUUAGAGAGGGCUGGCAUUUUAAAGUUUGUAAUUAGUCAGAAUGUUGAUGGACUGCAUCUUCGAUCUGGGAUUCCAAGGGAGAAACUUGCUGAAUUGCAUGGGAAUUCCUUUAUGGAAACUUGCCCUUCAUGUGGAGUCGAAUAUUUGAGGGAUUUUGAAGUGGAAACUAUUGGAUUGAAGGAGACUUCUAGGCGUUGUUCUACUGUAAAAUGUGGAGCUAAACUUAAGGAUACAGUUCUUGAUUGGGAGGAUGCCUUGCCUCCAAAGGAGAUGGACCCAGCAGAGAAGCACUGCCGAAUGGCUGAUAUUGUACUAUGUCUGGGAACUAGUUUGCAGAUAACUCCAGCAUGCAAUUUGCCUCUGAAAUGCCUACGUGGUGGGGGAAAGAUUGUAAUUGUGAAUCUUCAGAAAACUCCAAAGGACAAGAAAGCAAGUUUAGUGAUUCAUGGAUUUGUAGACAAGGUCAUUGCAGGUGUUAUGAACUUGCUUAAUUUACGGAUUCCUCCAUAUAUCAGGAUUGAUCUUUUCCAGACAAUCCUAAGUAAAUCUCUUAGUGCAGAUGAAAAAUAUGUAAAUUGGAAUAUUCGUGUGACCAGUGUUCAUGGACUGAGUGCUCCAUUGCCUUUCGUUAAGUCUAUUGAGGUUUCCUUCUCAGACAAUCAUAAGUACAAAGAAGCUUUUAUAAUUAAAGAGCCAUUUCAGCUUAAAAGGAGAACUGGAAGGACAGAAACAUUUAAAAUUUUCUUGAAACUCAAUUUCAGUGAUGGGUGUGGUUGUCUAUACACCCAAAUUACAACCCCUUUUGAUUUUGAGGCUUCAAGUGAAUGUUUUAAGCAUGAUAAAGAUGUCAUAUUUCAGAAGUUACGAGAUAUGGCGGUUCAAGGUUCCUGCUCUGGACAGACUGAAGUUAUUGAAAGAAAGGCCACAUUAUCUCCCAAAACCGAGAUCACUGUCCAUGCUAUUGUUACAAAUGUUAAAGCAUUUGAUUAUCAUUCAAGUAAUGGUGAUGUGAAGGCAGUGAAGCUGCAAAAAGAAAGCAUGAAUGGAAGUGGAACAUCCCGGAAGCGGUCACGCAAGCGAAAGCCAAGAUCAUAGAGGUCCGUAUACCUCCUUCUCUGGUGUCUGUAUAUAUGCUACUAUGCUAUUAUCGGAAAAACAGUAUAAAAUACGGGGAUUGAGUGAAUUUUGUUAGAUAUUAACACUCAAGUCUCCUCAGUUUGAGUAUGCAAUUAUGCAUGGCUAGGGAAAUCUUGUUCUUUAUAUUUUGUCUUUGGACAAAAUAUAAUGUUAGCGGCUGAUCUUCAUACUGUUACUUUGGAGUUUGAUCUUUGUUAUUAUUAUUCUAAAAGAUAUGUAGCCCGUUUGCAUGGGUUAUUCUAUGUUUAGUUUUUUUAACUACUUAUCUGUUUGAUCCUUUUAUAAAGCUUGUUACUGUAC